GAAACUCGAAGGCGAUUUCUUUUCCGCACGCCGGCGAUUCCGAUUCCUGCUGUAAUUAAUCCCAUCGGCACGCGAUACGUUCACUCCGGGGUUCUUCGCGGGAGCCCGCGCGCUCCGGUGCCGCUUCCAGUGACUUAUUUUCGUUUAUCGGGGAAUUGCUUAUUGCGUUGUAGUGGAUUGUUUUCGGUUGAUGGGCCGGGGUGGAGGAUGAGAACUCGGAAAAGUAGGCGAUAGUGAUCGAUGGCUAAACGGCCUUGGAUACUAGAUGGAAACAAAACGAAAUGUCCUGAGAUCGCCAUGGCUUCCAGCGGUGCUGCUCGCGUUCGCAGCGUCGCUUUCCACGUCGGAGCCGCUGCCCAAGGGACCAGAGGGCGAAUCGCUGACGGUCACCAGGCACAACAGCGGAGAUAUCUUCACCUAUGCGGGUGUACCGACGGCGAAGUGCAUACCGGAGACCUGCGUCGGUACGAGCAGCGGUACCGCCACGGCGAUCUCCAAUCAGGAUAUGUGCACAUGCCGGUGCCAUCCUCAUCUGCCGGCCUUCAGAGAGGAUCUCCGUAUCUGCGUCGACGACAUUCACGAAUGCGUAUUAGCGCCCUUCGUUGGUGGUUCGAC